AUGGCGCUGGACCCGCGCUUCUAUCACCACAUCGGCCAUCCUGGCCCCGGCUCCAUCUCUUCAGCCGCCUCAUCCGACCUAUCAGCCGCCACAGGCAUCACCUCUCCCAGCAUAAUCUCCACCUCCGCCUCCGCUGCCACCCUACGAUCCACAGCUUCGAGUCCCUCCUUUCGCGCGCGUGAAGGCUUCGCGAGAGAUGGAAUGGCUAGCCCAACGCCAGGUGGAAAUGUGCGCGUCGUCGUACGGGUGCGCAAGUUUUUGCCUCGAGAAAUCGAGCGCAAGGCCCAUUGUUUGAUCUCAAUGGACCCCCGGACCCAAAUGACCUCACUCCAAGCACCGAAACCGAAACCAGGCGACGUUGGAAAACCUAAGUCGCAAGCGCGUGGAAAGGUUUUGGAGGACAAGUCUUUCACAUUUGAUAAUUCCUUCUGGUCUCAUGACGAAGAGGACGAACAUUACGCACACCAGGAGGAUGUCUAUAACUCCCUAGGCGAGGAAUUCCUGGAUCACAACUUUGAAGGAUAUCAUACGUGUAUCUUCGCAUAUGGACAGACUGGGUCAGGAAAGAGUUAUACUAUGAUGGGGACACCGGAACGACCUGGUUUGAUUCCUCGAACGUGUGAGGAUUUAUUCCAGCGUAUCGAAAGCUCGCCCUCCCCCGACAUCAGCUACAACGUUCGAGUGUCCUAUUUCGAAGUAUACAACGAGCACGUCAGAGAUCUCUUGGUCCCGCGAACGGAUCCCCCGCAUUACCUUCGCAUUCGUGAAUCGCCAUCGGAGGGACCUUAUGUCAAGGAUCUCACCGAAGUGACGGCCAGAAACUACGCCGAGCUGAUGAAGUUUAUGCGAAAGGGUGACGUCUCCCGGACAACGGCUAGUACGAAGAUGAACGACACCUCCUCCCGAUCCCACGCCGUGUUCACUAUUACCCUAAAACAAAUCCACCACGAUCUUUCAACAGACGAAACCACGGAGCGCACUGCUCGCAUCCGGCUGGUUGAUCUGGCCGGUUCCGAGCGUGCGAAAUCAACUGAAGCUACUGGUGCCAGACUUCGUGAAGGUGCGAACAUCAACAAGUCUUUGACAACACUUGGCCGUGUUAUUGCCGCAUUGGCAGACCCAAAGAAAAUCCGCGGCCCUCGAAAAGGCAAAGAACUGGUGCCAUACCGUGACUCAAUCCUCACAUGGCUUUUAAAAGAUAGUCUGGGAGGAAAUUCCAAGACUGCAAUGAUUGCCUGUAUUGCACCCGCAGACUAUGAAGAGACAUUAUCCACUCUUCGAUACGCAGACCAGGCGAAGAACAUUCGAACGCGGGCCCGGGUCAACCAAGAUCAGAUGUCGGCAGCUGAACGUGACCAACAGAUUGCGGAGAUGACUGAGACGAUCCGCACACUUCAGCUCAGCGUCAGUCAAGCGGCACUCAGCCAGAGAGCAAACGAAGCUUCGGAUGAGAGACUCGAACAGUACCAACAAAAAGUGGAGAAAAUGCAACGGCUCAUGGAAGAGAACAAUAUGGUCAGCGAGUGCAAGAUCCGACAAUUACAGACCGAAAACGAAGCUUUACGCAUGCAUCUCAAGCUUGCUGUCGAGAGUCUCAAGAAUCCGAUCCCAACAGUCACUCUUGAUCAACGGAAGCCUAGUCUUACGUCAAUGUCGGAUGAGAACCAGCCACCGAGUCAGGAUGAGGACCCCGAGGGCUCCCCUGAAGUGUCGGAUGCCGAGUCAGAUAUUGACUUUUGGGAAGAUGAUGAGACUGUCACCGACGAUAAUAAUGAACAUGAAGCUCAUCGGAUGCAAAAUCAUAUGCACGACUUGCUUGGUGACUUGACUGUUUUUAAACGGAAGUUGGCCACAGACCAUGAGCGAUUCCGCCCUCUCGAGGAGCCGGGGAAUCGCAAACGACGUGCCUUGGCAACCAUCACCAGCAAUCGUUAA